AUGAGUAGGUCUGGGUCGGAAGAGGAAAUGUUAUCUUCUGAUGAGGGUGUGGGAGAAUUGGGAGACUUCAUUGUGUCUGAUGAGGAGCAAAGUCAUGAAGCACCUCAAGAUGAGGACGCAGAGGUACAGAAUGAUAGAUUACUACAAAUGACGAGCACUUUGAAACCAAACGAAUCUCAAACGCAGAAGCUCUUAAGAGCGCAUAUAUCUGUAUUGGUAUCAGCUUUAGGGGGGCCGGAUCAUACGUCGCCAAUAUCCCCACCACCAUAUAAGCUAGGACAAGACGCGUUAGCAUGCUUGAAAGAUAUCAAAAGAUGGAUAAAAUCUGUAGACGAAAAAAAGAAUAAUUUCGAUGUGGCAUUAGCAUGUGCUGAUUCUGGACUUGUGGUUAAUGAUUUGCUUGUAAUAUUAUGCCAAUGGGACAGCCAGCAAAAUUCAAAGAAGCCAAUGAAGAAUGCUAGAACCAUGGAAAAGAUUAUGCUCUCAUGUUUGGAACUAUUGGUGUUGCUUACGUGGCCUACAUAUUUGAUUUCUGAACUGUCUGAAAACCAGAAGCUUAAUUUUGCUAGUGUUCGGAAAAGUCAAAUUGUUUACAAAAAACAUAUCUUAGCAUAUAAUAAGGGCCAAACUCUCAAGGCAGUUAUUAGGCUUGUGUUACCAACUAUUGCCAAGCAUAGAUUAGAUAGAGAUCCAAGAGAUAACGCUAUAUUGAGGUUGGUCCUAUUUUUUAUAAGAAAUGUUUUGAAUAUUGAACCUGCAAACACUUCUAUAUCUACAAAAUCAAGAAAGCAUGUCACCAAUUUGGAUAAUCUCCCUUCUAAUGUUAAUUAUGACGAUAUUUCUAUGAAUGCUGUUUUAUCAUGCUUUAAAAAAAAUAAAGUCUUAAUGUUCUUACUUACUCUUUCAGGCUCUUUGGGUACUGAUUUUGAUAGAGAAACAUUUGGACAGCCGUGUCUUGAAUGUAUUUAUUUGAUCUUUAAAGGUAUCAAAACGCAAGAUAUUUUAAAUCCGCAGCAAAGCUCAAAACAGCAACAACGUUACCAACAACAGCAACAAGAACAAUCACAACAAGAACAAACGCCAAUUCAGUCUGUCACAACUGCAUCAGGAUUACAAUUGCAGGACUUAUUGAGCGAGGAAUCAAAGAGGAAAAAGUUUCAAACUCAAAAUAUUUCCACAAGACAUGGUAGGUUUGGUUCCCUUCUAUCUAUCCAAGGAAAUAAUACAUCUUAUGUGAUAUCAGGUCAAGAAGCAUUACUAGAUACCGAUCUGUCACUCGCAAAAUUGGAUAAGUCAAAAAAAUGGAAUAAUCGUUCUCACUUCAAGUAUGAUUCUGAUGAUUAUGUUAAAGCUACGGCAGAAUUCUUGAAUGGCUCGUCAGUUUUGAUAUUGAAAGAAUUCAUUGAGCAAUUCCUCACUGGAGGGUGCUUUAACACUUUAAUUGAAUGUAUAGGGUGGUUAUUAUCUGGAACUCAUGACUUGAAUUACGUUGAUGAUUAUGAAAAAGCGUGCUAUUUCUUAACAGUGGCUUGGUUUUUGAAUUAUAAAAGAGAAAGGAACAAGCUUCUCAAUUCGCAGGAAUCUAUCAACAUUCAUGAGGAUGAGGAUGGACUUGAUUAUGGAUCGGUGAGUGCUGGAUUGAGUGAAGUUAAUUUCAUUCUAAUAAUCUCUUAUUUUAGAGAAUCGUUUGAAGCUAAAAAUUGGAACUCGCUUCAUGUCGCCAUGCUUUGUUUCAGGGAAUUGUUGUUAAUUUCAUACUCUAUAUUCUCAAAAUUUUCUAACAGAGAGCUUCAAAGCCAAACAGAAACUGAUGAACAAGAAGAAGUAGACAAGGAACUAGCGGAGGGUAUAAUUAGAAAAUUAUUUUCGUUUAAUGACUUCUUGAAUAUUGUUAUUCAAAUUCCUCAGACAGCUUCCAAGCAUUCACCUGAAUAUUUAAGUGUUUGCAUUUCAGUCGUCCAUAUAAUUUUGAAGUCGUUUGAAAGCUUUGCAAAUGAAAAUAUCAAACUUUAUAUUCAGACAAAGCGUAAGCGAACUAAACAAAAUAAGAAAAGUAUAAAUAAUCUUGACAAAGCAACUGAAGAAUCCCUCAGAGAUAUAAUUGAGGGCUCCGAUGAUGAACUUGAGAAUGAAAGGGUUAAAGAGGUUUCAAGAGAAAGAAGGCUUGAUUUCAAGGCCACAGAAGUUAGGUUUUUUCAAACUUCUAUUGUGUCCACUUAUGUUGAAUAUUUAUCACGAUACGAAGAAUUGACUCAUGAAGAAAUCAAAAGGUGUUUAUCAUAUUUUCACAGACUAUUUGUUAUUAGAAAGGAUUUCACAGGAUUAUAUCGAAUAGAUUUUAUGCAUAUCUUACAAAGAUUACGAAACCAUUUACCAAGAGGUUCUAGUACGAGAGAUCAUGUUGAUGAAUUUAUUUAUUAUUUCAUGAAAAAAUUCAAGAGUGCCUUUGAACGCUUUCCAAAUCCAAUUGAAAUAUUGUUUCCCAGAUUUGAGGAUAUGGAAUAUAAAAUAUACCUAGCCACUGGUGAUCUUUAUUUAAAGCCUGAAAAGAACAACAAACGAUCAUCCGUCAAGAUAGCUAAGGAUAUAGAGUUCAUUCGGGACAAUUUUACUCUUGACGAAAAAUUCAAAAUUCUUGUUACUGCCUUAUAUCUUCAAGAAAAGGAAUCCUUAGUUACGUGGGUAAUCCAAGAGCUUUCAAAAAUUACAACUAAUCGUCUUAUGGACUUAUCUUCAGAACAAGCCGAAUCAAAUUCCAAUGAGAUUGUUCAACUAUAUCCAUUAGAGGAACAUCGUCGCUUAUUAAUUAAUAAUCCUUAUAUUAGAUUAUUAUUGACAUUAAUUGGGUUUGAAGUUCCGUUCAUAAUGGAAGAGCCUUGUGAACUUCGUAAUAGUGUAAAAACUCUGAAACUAGUUGAAUGCUUAGAUGCAAUGAGAAUGUGGUCGAGCAAACAGCCUUUGACUUUUGAUGAUGGCAAAGAUGCUAUGUUCUUCUUAAGAACUAAAGAAGGUUAUGAUUAUGAACGUGAUGAUGACUACGAUGGUGAUCAUUAUGAUGAAAAUGACCAUUCCAUUGCUUUUGAAACUGGCGCUAAUCCAGAUAGUGAUAGGCGUAAUUCAAAUGAGCUCGAUGAAUUAGAUAAAUUGGAAGCGGCAUUAGAAGGAAAGUCUAAUGCAGCUACCGAUUUACCUAGAGGUGUUGCAAGAAUCAAAAAUAAGAGAACGAAAAAGGACUUGCGUAAAAGAUCAAGUGAAAAGGCUAAAUCUCAUAAGAAGCACAGUUCACGUCGCCCUCCUAGAUCAUUCAAGGUUGUAUCGGAUAAUGAAGAAGAAAAAGAAGAAAAGACAAAAUCUGCAGAAUUCGUUCAUGGUUCUGACGACGAGUCAGAUUGUGAAAAGGAAAAUGAAUUUUUUAAUAGAGAAGAGAGGCUAAGACGCUUGCUUGAGGAAUCGGGUGGAAUAGUUAAUCCAAAACAAUUAGCUGAGUUUAAGUUAGCGUGGGCCAAACUUGAAUCCAGCAAUGGUUCUAAUACCGCAAUAUCCGUAUCAAAAGCCAUUGAAGAUACUUCAUUUGUCGAACCAACACCACAAAUACAAGAUAUCCAAGAUACUCCCGCAUUGGGAGCAACCAUAGAAUCAAAUUCUGACAUUGAUUCAUCUUCUGCUUCAGAACCAGAACUAGAUGGUAGUGAUGAAGAAGGCGUAUCAUUUAUAGAGAAUGACAAAACCAGUGUGAGUUCAUUUACUCCAGAUUUUCAUAAUGAAACUAAUCUGAAGAAAAGAAAUAGCAUACUUCAAGAUAGUGAUAACGAAAGCGAAAUGGUGGAUAGUGCUAUUAGAGUAGGUAAUCCACGAAAGAAACGAGUAGUAAUUAGUGAUGACGAAGAAUAA